GGUGCAGGUGCUUAACAAGGGGAAUACCUUUGUAAAAGGUUCUCUCGAGAUAUAAACAAGCAGAAAAAUGCCAAAGACUAUACUGAUAUAAAACAGAAUCUGAAUUUUAUUCUGAUAUAAGUUAUAAAGAUAUGAUCUAGUAUUUCGCCGAGUUAUGUGGACAAGAAAGUGAGCCUUUUGGUAUGUUAAUACUUACAAAAUCGGCACUUCCUGACAGCCUGAUCAGUGAUAUCAGUGAUAUCAGUGAUAUCAGUGAUAUCAGUGAUAUCAGUGAUCAUCACUAAUUGAACUGCCGUUUGAUUGAGAUUACCUACACUGUGUGGUCUGUGCAUGGUUCGAGACGCGUCUUAAAUACUAUGUACUAUUAUUCGCGUCUACCUAGUUACUAUUUCAGUAGGUAUCAGAUAACUUGAUUCUAAUCGAAACACCGGGGUCUUUCAACAAAUCUCAAUAUGAAUAGAUAUUCUGAAGCUCCGAUAGAAAUCUCGGAUGGCUCCUCCGGGAAUGACGAAGAUGACAUGGAUUCCGAGUCCAUAUCCGAGGAGGAUAGUCUGAACGAGAUAAAAAAAGAUCUACUAAGAUGUCUCGAUAAAAUCCAAACCGCUGGCCGUGUCGCUGUAUCUAAACAGCACGAAGCCUUUAUCAACCCUGGUUUGACAAUUGCUGGCACCCUUAUACCAUUGCCAUUGGUGCCUCGCGAUGCUGAGACGAUCAGGAGUGUAUCUAGAGAAGCUCCCUUUGGUAAAGGUGACGAGACGGUGGUUGAUACUUCGGUACGCAAGACAUGGGAACUUGAUCAUACUCAAUUCGCGCUUGCGAAUCCUGCUUGGCAAGCCUAUGUUGCCUCCCUAUUAGACGAUGCUGCACAAAGUUUGGCUAUGUCGGAGGUGAGAGCUGAGCCUUAUAAGCUGCUUCUAUAUGAAGAAGGCUCUUUCUUCAAACGUCAUAAAGACUCGGAAAAGGUCCCAGGAAUGAUCGGAACGAUGGUCAUUUGCCUUCCUUCGAAACAUGAUGGCGGUAGUGUUCACCUGUCUCAUGCCGGUAAGAGCUACGUCUUCGAAACAGAUAAGACUUCUGACUUUGGCCUAACGAGCCUCUCGUGGUUCUCUGAUGUUACGCACGAGAUUAAACCUUUGAAGUCCGGGUACCGCUUGGUGUUGACAUAUAACAUCAUCCAUACGGGUCAUAAGCACAUAUCUGCUGACCUGGUCGGAGAGCAAUCAGAGCGUCUCCGUUCGGUAUUGGUUAAGUGGCAAUCAAAGCUACCGUUCAGGGAGAAGCUAGUUUAUAUGCUUGAUCACAAAUAUACCCAGUCGAGCCUGAAGCUUAGCAAUCUUAAAGGACGGGAUAGAGCUGUAUGUCAAAGUCUGUACGAAGUUGGCUUAAGCUGCGGCUUCACCAUUUUUCUUGCCAAGAUGACCCGAACGCAGGGCGACGACUCCAACGAGUAUUAUGAUGAUGAUGAAGAGUCAACAGAACUGGAAGACGUGAGGACUUGUGAUGGAUUGACUGUUUGCAAUAGGGUAUAUUUGGAAGAUGAGGAUAUCCUAGGGUCAGACCUGUGGGACCGAGACCCCGACAGUGAAGAUGAAGGUGGCUUUACUGGCAACGAAAGCAUGCCGUCGAUCCUCCGUUACCAUGACACUGUCGUUGUUGUAGUGCCUAUGAGCAACAUAUCCUCAUUUCUUUCUAAGCCCGGCCUACGAACUGCACUAAGCUUGGCCAGACAUACUUUAGAACACCAGCCCGACGAUCAUCAUCUUCAGGCCUCCCUGCUGACAAUUUUGGAGAGUGCCGUUCCCAAUGGGCCGCCCGAUAGCACGUUAUUAUCCAACGUGAUCGACCUAGCUAUCAAGUUGCAAAGGAAGACACUGUACCAGGUAGCUGUCCGUACUGCACUGAAGGACCCGGUUCCUCGACAUUUAGUAUUAGAGACAAUAGUCCGGCUCAUGAAGGAUGAGCAUCUCAAGGACACUCAGAAACAGCCGGACUGGGAUUUUUGGUUCGGCGACGCGUUCUCUGGGGCUAGCAAGAUUUCUCUGGUAAUCCUAGCUGAUGUAUUGAACCGUCUAGACGCUUUGAUACAACACGACGAUCUAAAAGUUUCCUUUCAAAGCUGGAGGACAUCGAUGUCAGAAAGAAUGGUUGAGUCAAAGCACACAUUGGGCAUGGAAGAUCAUGAUUACUUGAUUUGCCUCCUUUUUUCGCAAUCUAAUGACUUGGCGUGGCUGGCAAACUGUUUUGCGCCGACACUGUCAAGCAAAGGUUCCAACCGGCUCAUUUAUACGAUAUUACGGGAUAUCUAUUACAAUCGCGAACGCAAAACACUCGCGAGAGCUACAGAUGCGUACCGGUGCAUCCUGGAGAGUAGUACAGAAAAGCUGGCUUUGCGCACCAGCGAUUUACUACCCCCCUCCCCCUACAUCUACCCCUCCACACCUCGCAGUGAAAAUAACUUGGGUUUUAAUAAGACCAUAGAGGUUAUCAGCUUGGGUCUGGACAUGGGGCUAUCCAAAGAGGCCAUUAAACUCAUCGAGAUGAGUUGUACUAAUAUCUGUCAAUCCAGCCUGGAACUAAAAGAAAAAAAUCACCUCCCUGGCAGUAUAGUUCAGAAAUUCUUAGAAGCUCUAUUAGCGGUCCUACAGAAACACAAGGUCCCUCCCCUUGAAUGCGUCAGGAACAUGUUUGUAACUCUCUUCCGCGAUAUCUUCGUCGGAGUGUUACCAAAGCGUCCCAUAAAGUCCCAGGGUUGGAAGCACAAGCCGAUAAACUGUUAUACGAACUGUCAGGACUGCAGAGAGCUUAACUCCUUCCUUGUGAAUAGCAACGAGAAAGAACGCGAAUUUACCAUGGCUACGAAACAACGACAACACCUUGAAAGUCAGCUACCGAAGAACCUUUUCCAUUGCCGCACUAGGACAGGCCGUGCGCCGUACGGAUUGAUCGUAACUAAGCUGGGAAGGGAGUUCGAGGAGGACAUGAAGGAAUACCAACGUCGCCUUACGCUCCUCAAUAAUGAACUCAAACCGUUCAAGUGCGAGUACAUGAAAUAUUUAUUAGGAGAAGAGCUGUACCAAAAGCUGGUCCUCCUGAAAGAUGUGUCGGGUGCGGACGGUGCUGAAACAACGGGGACUGCCGGGGGAAAGAGGAAAGCAGAGGAGGAUCUUGAUGGCUCCAGUGCAUCGAGACCCAGACUUGUAGAGUAACCCAGGCGGUUUCGUGGCACGUACUUUAGUCUUUAGUAUAUGAUGGAGCACAAAGCCUGGGCCGUAUGUAUAUGGGAUGGUCAAGCCCUGCCGUUAUACCCCGGGCCUAUAAUAAUCUGUAUUUUAGAUAGAAGAGUCUCACGGGAAUGCUGGACAUCUCACAUUGUAAUAUUAGGCCAAGCUGAUAUGAGGAAGUGGGUGCC